CACACACACAAACACAAGGGACUAAGAAGAAGAAGUGGUUGGUUAUGGGGUCUCAACCAAAUGUGAUCGAUCAAGCUAUGAUCCGCAGCUUCCGAUCAUCACAAGGCGAGCCAGUGAGCGACGAGCUUGAAUGGAUACUCAACGAUCCAAAAUUAACCUUGUAUCGGCGGCUCAAGGCUGCCACAUGGAUUGAGCUUAUUUUGCUCUUUAAGCUCGCUGCUCCUGCUAUUAUUGUUUACUUGCUAAACAACGUCGUUUCAAUGUCCACCCAGAUCUUCUGUGGUCAUCUUGGCAAUCUUGAGCUUGCUGCUGUCUCUCUUGGCAACACCGGCAUCCAAGUCUUCGCUUAUGGCGUCAUGCUUGGUAUGGGAAGUGCAGUGGAGACGUUAUGUGGACAAGCAUAUGGUGCGAAGAAAUACGACAUGCUUGGCUUAUAUCUUCAACGAUCAACGAUUCUUCUAAUAUUAACGGCACUUCCCUUGACACUAAUUUACGUGUUUUCGAAGCCAAUUUUGAUAUUACUAGGAGAAUCCACAGAAAUCUCAUCCGCAGCUGCACUAUUUGUCUACGGAUUAAUCCCUCAAAUUUUCGCUUACGCGACUAAUUUCCCCAUACAAAAGUUCUUGCAAUCGCAGAGCAUAGUAAACCCGAGUGCAUAUAUAUCGUUGGCGGCGCUUGUUUUUCACCUGGUGUUUUCGUGGCUGGCUGUGUUUGUAUGGGGCUGGGGUCUAUUUGGUGCAGCCCUUGUGCUUAGUCUUUCUUGGUGGUUCAUAGUUGUGGCGCAGUUUGUGUACAUUUUGGUUAGUCCAAGAUGUAAGCACACAUGGAAAGGAUUUAGUGUGGAUGCUUUCAGUGGGUUGGGGAGUUUCUUCAAAUUGUCAGCUGCUUCGGCUGUGAUGCUUUGCUUAGAGACUUGGUACGUUCAGAUACUAGUCUUGAUUGCUGGUCUUCUUCCCAAUGCUGAGAUUGCGUUGGAUUCUCUAUCGAUUUGUGUAACGAUACAGGGAUGGGUGUACAUGAUUUCAGUUGGAUUUAAUGCAGCUGCAAGUGUGAGAGUGAGCAAUGAACUUGGAGCAGGACAUCCAAAAUCGGCUUCAUUGUCAGUUGUGGUGGUGACGCUGUCGUCCCUUAUCCUCGCCGUAAUAGCUGCCAUCGCUGUCCUCGUCUUCCGCUAUGAUAUCAGCUACGUCUUCACAGAAGGGGAAACCGUCUCCAACGCCGUCGCCGACCUCGCUCCCUUCCUCGCAUUAACGCUCAUUCUCAACGGCGUCCAACCCGUUCUUUCAGGGGUGGCUGUCGGGUGUGGAUGGCAAGCAUUUGUGGCGUAUGUGAACGUUGGAUGCUACUACUUUGUUGGUGUUCCAGUGGGUGCCCUUCUUGGCUUUACAUUUCACUUAGGAGCAAAGGGAAUAUGGUCGGGGAUGUUAGGAGGUACAUUCUUGCAGACCCUAAUUUUACUGUGGGUUACUUACCGUGCAGACUGGGACAAAGAGGUGGAGAAUGCAAAGAGCAGAUUGGAAGCUUGGGAUGACAAGAAGGAGCCUCUUUUGCUUGACUAAUAAUAUAAAUGGUUUACUUUUAAUUAAGUCUCUUGUCGUGAUGCAUUCAAAGAGAAUCAUUCACCAUGAUUGUCAUUAA